UCUGGCGCGCUAGGUGCUUGUGUACCAGGGCCUGGAGGGUCCGGGAGAGGAGCGGGAGCCGGACUGAAGCGGAGGAGAUGGCGUCUCAGCCGCCGCCUCCCCCGAAGCCCUGGGAGACCCGCCGAAUUCCAGGGGCCGGGCCGGGGCCAGGACCCGGCCCCACUUUCCAAUCUGCUGAUUUGGGUCCUUCUUUAUUGACAAGACCUGGACAACCAACACUUACCAGAGUGCCCCCACCUAUUCUUCCAAGGCCAUCACAGCAGACUGGAAGCAGCAAUGUGAACACUUUCAGACCUGCUUACAGUUCAUUUUCUUCUGCAUAUGGUGCCUAUGGGAAUUCAUUUUACGGAAGCUAUAGCCCUUACAGUUAUGGAUAUGGUGGGUUGGGAUAUAACCGCCUCCGUGUGGAUGAUCUUCCACCCAGUAGAUUUGUUCAGCAAGCCGAAGAAAGCAGCAGAGGUGCCUUUCAGUCCAUUGAAAGCAUUGUGCAUGCUUUUGCCUCUGUCAGUAUGAUGAUGGAUGCUACGUUUUCAGCUGUGUAUAACAGUUUCAGGGCCGUAUUGGAUGUAGCAAAUCACUUUUCCCGUUUAAAAAUACACUUUACAAAAGUGUUUUCAGCUUUUGCGUUAGUUAGGACUAUAAGAUAUCUUUACAGACGGUUGCAGUGGAUGAUAGGUUUAAGAAGAGGCUCUGAGAAUGAGGACCUCUGGGCAGAAAGUGAAGGAACUGUGGCUUGCCUUGGUGCCGAGGACCAAGCAGCUAACUCAGCAAAAUCUUGGCCAAUAUUCUUGUUCUUUGCUGUUAUCCUUGGUGGCCCUUACCUCAUCUGGAAACUUCUUUCUACCCACAGUGAUGAAGUAACAGACAACCACAACUGGGCAAGUGGUGAGGAUGACCAUGUAGUUGCUAGAGCAGAAUAUGAUUUUGCUGCUGUAUCUGAAGAAGAAAUUUCUUUCCGCGCUGGUGAUAUGCUAAACUUAGCUCUUAAAGAACAACAGCCCAGAAUACGUGGUUGGCUUCUGGCUAGUCUUGAUGGUCAAACAACAGGACUUAUACCUGCAAAUUAUGUCAAAAUUCUUGGCAAAAGGAGAGGUAGAAAAACGGUGGAAUCGAGUAAAAUUUCCAAGCAGCAACAAUCUUUUACCAACCCCACACUAAUUAAAGGAGCCACAGCCAAUGAUUCUUUGGAUGAACAGGAAGCUGCCUUUGAAUCUGUUUUUGUUGAAACAAAUAAGGCUCCAGUUGCACCAGAUUCCACAGGGAAAAGUGGAGAUAAACAAGAUCUUUGAUCUCUUUCAUGAUCAUAUGCAGUUGAACAAUAGAGUACUUUUUUAAAAUUAUUUCUGAUAAAUCUACAAUCCAAUGAAAACAUGUUAUUGGCUAUUCCAGGUAUUUUGCUGCUAGAAAUUAUUAAAGUUAUAUGCAAGUAUGUUGGUCUAGUGACCUGGUUAUGUGUUACAAGUUAUUGGACCACGAGGACAUUGGUUUCACCUAGUUUUUAAGAUUAUGAAGACUGCUAUCAUUGUCAUCUUUUAAAUCCCUAGGUUUAUUGGAGGGGUAAGACUGGUGAACCAUAGGAUAUAUGGUUUGCUGCAGUAGGGAUCAUUAAUGCUUAUUAAAAUUCAAUUCAUUGGCUUGUAAUCCUCAGAAAUUGAUAACAUAAAUAUGAGAGCAGGCAAAAAGGAGACCUUUUUUUUAGAUCCUUAAGUAAACUGAAUAAUAAAAAUGUUCUGACUCAUAUUCUAUCCAGUGUUGAGUUUGCUUUAGUCAGUAGUAAUAUGUUUUUGCCCACAAAUAAUCAAUACUAUUAUCUUUGUAUUUUUUAAAUGUAUCUUGAAAAGGUCACUAGAAGCAUUAUAGAGAUUGUUCUAGAAUGACAGAAUAUAGCCUUUACAGUAUUGCUUUACAGUUUGCAUUUAGUGAUAUAACCAGAUCUACCAGUAAUGCUUUUUUAAUCUUUUCAUAGAUUCUCUGCUUCUACUUUUUAAAAUUCCAUAUUCAUGUGUUCUUUAAACAUUGAAAAUGUGUCACUUUGCAUAUACAUUUGUUUCAGGUUUAGUUUUUACUACUGAGACUAUAAACAAAAUACUCAAUUGGCAUUUAGAAUGUGAUAAUGCUAUUUGACUUAUUUGUUUAUUAAUGAUCAUAAAUAUGGUUAACUUUCAGUACACUAAGUAUUUCCCACAAAAUUGGAAACUUUGUACACUUGCUGUAAUUUCUACAGAUUAAUACUAUCAGGAAUACAGGUGUGUAAAAAUAUGCUUGCAGGUUUUGUUGAAAACUUAGAAUUAUUUGACAGAGAUUACAAUUUAGUAUUUUUAUCUUUAUUCUUAUAGACUAUAUUUACCAAAUAAUUCUAGAACAGUUCAGACUAAAACAUACAGGAGCCAUAAAAUAAACUCAGCAUUGAGGAAUUUUACUAGAAGCUUUUGGGAAGCCCUUUUUUGAAAUGACAAUGUAGUAAGUAAUGUAGCAUUUAAAAUAGCAAUAUUUGUGCAGAAACAGUUAUCUUGGGCCUAUUUUCAUAACAGUUAUCUUAAGCCUAUUUUCUCAGGUCUAACCCACAAGUUGAGGAGAUAGUUUCUUGUAUUUUCCAUUUGUGUUCUAUAAUUAAAAGUUCUGCUUUUUUUUGGUAGGGAAUAAUUUAUGGAAAUUCUGUUUUUUAAACAAAUUUUUGAUAAACUGGUAUUUGGACAUCUAAAUUGAAUGUUAAAAGGAAAGUGGAAGUGAAACGUGGAGUUAGUGCUACUUAUAUUAGGAAAGAUGAAUUAUUAGCAUAGAAUUUAUGUCUGCUACUUAAAAUGUGCAGGAAGAAGAGUAACAGAAUGAAUGACAAACCAAUUUCACUUUUCUUAAGGUGUUUAUUGUUUGGUUAAGUAUGCUAAAUAUAGUAUACAUUUUCUACUGUUUGGGUCUGGAAAUUCCCUUUCUGUUAAAAUUCUAGAAAAAGAAUUUAAGGCUAGAAUAAGCAGAGAAAUUUUGUAACCUUUUUUAUCAUGAUAGUUUUAUUAUAAUUCCUAGAUGACAUUAAAUGUUAUGGUGAAGGCUCCAAUAUUUUCAUUUUUAGGAACUUACCUAAGAAGUGCUACUUUACAGGAAUUACUAAUGGAAACCAAAACAUUUUCAUUUAAAUAACAAUACUAAGUUAAAGUAAGAUAAUAGAUUUCUUUUCAUUUUUAUCAGCUCAGAAAGGAAAAGGUAAGAGGAUUACAAAUUUCCAUAUUUUAACACUUUUUAGAUACUGACUUUGUCAGUAUGUCAUAAUUAUUCAUUUACCUGAAUUCAGUUAUCCUUCAUUUUAUGCUUUCUAUGAAAAAUUUAAUGCAGUUAAAUAUUUGUAAUAGAUUAAGUUUCUUUUACUGGAGAAAUAAAAAUAUGUUAAACUUGAUGUACAUUUUUAAAGAACAACUUAGCUCUUUCUCCAAGAUUGGAAUUAUGUAAGAGCUUCUAUUUUUCUUCAUGCCACCAUAUAUAUACCUACUAUAAACCAAUAUGUCUGUUCUGUUUCUUUGUGAUUUGAAGAAAAAUAUUAGAUUUACAUUUACAUAAAACUUGCAGGUGAGUUAAACAAAACUAAGACCUCAGAGCUAGAAUUUGGGAGACCUAUAGUCUGGAAACCGCCUUCUUUAACAUUUAAAUUCCAUUGUUUUUCAGUUUCUUCAUUGAUAACAUUGGUAAUAGCUACUACAUCUACCAACAUGAGAGCACUUUAAAAAAAAAGCACAAUCAAAAGUAUAAUUUUUCAGCAAUUACAUGUUUUAUAAGUUUUUCCAUGUUUACUUAACCUUCUUAAAUCCUGUAAAAUUGUCAGUAUUUCUGUCCGUCUAGAAUUUCAGAUUUACAGAUACUUAACUAAAAGUUAAAAUUACCUCUUCAUACUUUAACUCUGCCCAGUUUAUAAUAUAAAAUUAUUUUACAGGGGUGAGCAUUUGGCCUAGCAGUUAAGAUACCCACACCCCAUUUCAGGGUGCCUGGCUCCCAAUCCCAGCUCCCUGCCAGUGCAGACCCUCGGAGGCAGCAGGUGACCACUCAAAUAGUUGUGUCCAUGCCACCUACUCAGGAGUUGGGCUGAAUUCCUGGCAUGCUUUCGCUCUCACUCUCUGCAGAUAUCUCUGCCUCUCAAAUAAAUUGAUAAAUAAGUAAAAUUAUUUGGUGAAUACAGGAGAGUCUAACUUAGAAAAACACAGAGGACUAUUUGUUCAACACAACAAAUUUCAUUUUCUCAUUAUUGCCUUGAAAUGCCCUUUCAUACUCUAUAGUUUUGUAUUUACCUUUAUUUGGGAGACAGAAUUGUUCCUUUUAAGGUUAACUAGUCAUGAAUCCAUGUGUCACUUUACUAUAUUAUGCCCCAUGUAUAGUUUUUCACAUUUCAAAAAUUAAUGUUGAAUUAAUCUGACUUAAGUCUUUGAAGUAUUUGUUCAUGUAAAAUAAGUGUUUUGUUUUUUAAGGACCUCAAGGGCUCAGAAUUGAAUCAGUCAUUGACCAUACUCUUCAUUAAAGACAUCAAUAUCAUUGAUCAGAAA